AUGAAAUUCUUCUUCACGUUUGCUUUUGUCAUCUGCAUUUUCGUGGUUGCUGAGGCGUUUGUCUGUCCAACAGGACACGCCGCGUGUGGACCGGGAAAAGGGUGUUCGGUUGGCUUUCGAUGCAACACACCGCCUGGUGGACCAAGCGGCUGCUGUUAUAGACCAGGCACUUUUUGCCCGAUAGCUGCCCGAUGUGGUCCGGGCAAUGGGUGGACUUGCUCGGUGGGCGCAUGUCUUUCCCCGGCGCCAUAUGCUAAUGGUUGCUGUGUGCGG